GACACGUGUAUCUCCCGCAGACGACUAACAGCCGAGUACCAGACGUUAUGUAUGCAGCUCCAUCGAGCUUCAUCAGUCAAGCAGGCAUGUGCACGCCCGCCACUUCAACAUUUGAAGCACAAACUGCUCCGGAACCGUGCCAUACAGCAACGCGACAAGUACUACCGAAGCUCUCAUUGCAAGGUCAACGUCUACCAAACAGCACCGGUCAACCGCUGUGGCAGUUCUUGUUAGAGCUCUUGAACAAUGAGCGAUGCAGGUCGAUUAUCAGCUGGACUGGUAGUGGAACGGAGUUCGAGUUGAAGGACCACGAUGCUCUAGCCAGAGAAUGGGGAAUCAGAAAGAGAAAGCCCAACAUGACUUAUGACAAACUAAGCCGUGCGCUUCGAUAUUAUUACACCAAGAAUAUAAUUGAGAAAGUGCCAGGCAAGAGACACGUCUACAAGUUCAUAAUGCCUCCAGAAACGACACACACGCUGCACUAUAACUGUGAGAGUCCUAUCAGCAGUCAUGGUAGUAACAGCAGUGCUACACCGAGUCCAACCGUGACGAGCACUAUUCAAGCCCCACAGUUCUUCACCCACCAAACGACCGUUGCCACUCUUUCUGAUACACAAACAGAGACGAUACUGGCAGAACUAGAGCAAACACUUCUUGAGGGGACGAUGCCGGUGACCGCACCAGUGACGAUGACAGUGACUGUACCGACUCACAACUACCAGCAACCGAGGCCGGCACCGCCUACGCUCCAAGCCCUCGGAUACCCACCCACACAACAUGCCGAGCAUGCGUACCCGGGAACGAUCGAUUAUUGCCCCUAUAGGACACACUGACUCCGGAUUGUAUCUCAACAGAUCUGUAGAGCAGCAUCUAACUUUUACACUACGUAACUGCUAACUUAUUGACACGUUGCUACAGGUAGCAAUAUUGUCGGUUUUUUGAUAGUACAGUAGCCUAGCAACCGACUAACUAUAGUGUAGUUCUGUGCUAUGACGUCACAUUCCUUCUUCCUUCCGCUCUAAUAGCUAUCACUACCUAUUUGAGACGCGUUGAUCACAUAAUUUUUACGUGAACAACAUGAACUUCGGUAUCAAAAACCAAUAUAAAUAAA